AUGCAUUUUCAUUAUGGAGGAACCGGCCAAGGCUGUGUUGCCUGUGGUUGGACAUUGGAACAGCAGGAGCAAUGCUUUUAUUCAAGCCAUAUCAAACUCUUCUAUGGCGCGAGUCGACGCGGAGUCUGGUCAAUCGGGUCAGAUGUUAUCCUGAAAGAGCGCCCUGAUGAGGGGCCAAAAAACGAAGUGAAAGUGUUGAAUCACCUUUCGAAGUACUCUGAUAUCCCUGCUCCGAAGCUUAUACGUGACUGGGUUGAUGACGACGGGCGAUAUUUUGUGCUCCAAGCACGCAUAAAGGGGCAAACACUCGAAGAGGCGUGGCCUACACUACCAGAGUCCCAGAAGACAGCUAUCGCAGACCAAGUUGUCCAAAUUCGCAAGAAGCUACGGUCCGUCACGUCGGAUUCCAUACAGACGGUUGGUCAAGGCCCAUGUUAUCCAGCGCUACUCUUGCCUGACCGGGCGCCUCACGGACCUUUUCACUCUGACCUCGAACUUUGGAAUGCGAUUACUAUUACGCUCCGUCGUUCGCCGGAAAAUUCUUUUCCUCAGCGAGCGUUGGAGGAUUUGAAGAAGCGUUUGCCCGCGUGUGAACCUUAUGUUCUCACCCACUGUGAUCUUAAUUUGGGCAACCUUAUCGUCAGAGACGGGGCACUGGUCGGAAUACUCGAUUGGGAAUUUGCUGCUUACUACCCUGUAUGGUAUGAAUACGUCUCGGCGUCUUGGGGAUGGACUGAGGAUGAUGCUGAGUGGAAAAAGUUGCUACAACAGCGUAUGGAGGCACAUGGUGACGGAUAUCGUGACGCGAAGGACUUCUGGAUGGAUCUUCGUCAGUUACGAAAGUUCCCGAACUUGGAUGAAAAGGGUCAGCAAGUGUUGGAAAGGCUAUCUGCUGAAUGA